AUGAAGUCUCGGCAGAGGGGGAAGAAGAAGGGCGGAUCGAAGGAGCGGGUGUUUGGGUGUGACCUUCUGGAGCAUCUGCAGCACUCAGGCCAGGAGGUACCCCAGGUUCUACGGAGCUGUGCGGAAUUUGUGGAGGAGCACGGAGUGGUGGAUGGGAUCUAUCGACUCUCAGGGGUCUCUUCCAACAUUCAGAAACUUCGGCAGGAGUUUGAGGCAGAGCGUCGGCCAGAUCUUCGGAAGGACAUCUACCUGCAGGACAUUCACUGUGUCUCCUCCCUCUGCAAAGCCUAUUUUCGAGAACUGCCAGACCCUCUGCUCACCUACCGGCUCUACGACAAGUUUGCAGAAGCUGUAGCUGUGCAGUUAGAGCCUCAGCGCCUGGUCAAGAUCCGAGACGUCCUUGGGGAGCUGCCUGGCCCACACUACAGGACCCUGGAAUACCUCAUGCGUCAUUUGGUGCAUAUGGCCUCAUUUAGUGCUCAGACCAACAUGCAUGCUAGAAACUUGGCCAUUGUGUGGGCUCCCAAUCUGCUAAGGUCUAAGGACAUAGAAGCCUCUGGAUUCAAUGGGACAGCAGCCUUCAUGGAGGUGAGAGUACAGUCAAUUGUGGUGGAAUUCAUCCUCACACAUGUUGACCAGCUCUUUGGAGGUGCCACUCUCACGGGUGCAGAGGCAGAGACUAGGUGGUGUACACUGCCAACAUCACGGGGAAUGGCCAGUCCUGAGGAUUCCUUUCCCAGAACCUUGAACUAUCACCUUCCCAGUGUUCUGCAGGCUGGGGAUGGACCCCCACAGAUGCGGCCUUAUCACACUAUCAUCGAGAUUGGGGAUCACAAGAGAAAGGGGUCUCUUAAGGUCAGGAAGUGGAGAUCCAUCUUCAAUCUGGGUCGUUCUGGUCAUGAUACCAAGCGUAAGCCAUCCAGGAUGGGUGAGGACAGGGAGGAAAAAUCUGACAAAGUGUCACUGCGGUCAGCCAAGAGCAUGGAUUCAUUGAGUGCCGCAGCAGGAGCUAGUGAUGAACCAGAGGGGCUGGGGAAGCCCAGUAAUUCUCGACCAAGUCCCCUUCAGUUGGAGAGUAUGGAAGAUGUCUCCAUGGCUGCAGAUGGAGAGAGGGAAGCAGAAGUGGAACCACAGAGUGGGACAAGCUCUGAGCCAGGCACCCCUAGAACGGGUCGAGCAGGAGCUCGGGCAGCAGGUUGUAAUCGGGCAGAGCGUUGUGCUGGAGUCCAUAUCUCUGACCCCUACAAUGUCAACCUGCCCCUGCACAUUACAUCUAUCCUCAAUGUACCCCCCAACAUCAUCUCUAAUAUGACAGUGGCACGACUUACUCGAGGACUUGAAUGCCCUGCCUUGCAAGCCCGACCUAUCUCUGGCCCUAGCCUUGCCUCAGGACCCCUAGAUGAGAAGAUGGAGAUAACCUCAGUCCCAACACCUCUGGUCCCUAACCUUGAAUCCCCUAAGCCAGGCCCCUCUUUGCCCCCAGCUCAGGAAGACUCCUUGUCCCAAGAGGUGCAGGACUCCUUCUCCUUUUUGGAAGAUUCUGGAAGCAGUUCAGAACCAGAGUGUGCUAGUGGGGAAACUAGGGAGGCAGUCCUGGCAGAAGGAACCUGCUCCCCUGGAGAAGAUGACCCUAAUAUUUGUUAUCUAGAAGAGCUCCUGGGUGCUGGACCUCAGGUGGAAGAAUUCUCAGUGGAACCACCCCUGGAUGACUUGUCUUUGGAUGAUGCACUGUUUGUUCUGGCUCCUAGUUGUUGCUCCCCAGACCCUGGAACCUCUGAGCUGGAAGAAGACUUGGGAGAGGAUGUUUUUCUCAGUGCCUAUGAUGAUCUAAGCCCCCUAUUGGUUCCCGGACCCCAAGGAGAGGAGGCUCUAGAGAUUAGGGAAAAUGAAGUUGAUGGAAGUCAACUUCAAUUUUCAGAGGAUAGAGGGGAAAGAGUUUGUGAGGAAGUUGGAGAGAAUAAGGAAGCUGAAAGUGGGGAGGAAGUGGAGGUUGAGGAAGAACAAGAUGGAAUCCCACAAUCCUCCAGGCCAGAAGACAGGGAACCUGAAGAACAGACAACUCUUGAGAACUGGGUCCUGUACCCUUGCACCCCAUCUGCUCCUGUGCUGCAACCUGGGCCAGCAAGUGGUGUGGGUAUGCGCCUGGCCUCUACGUUGGUCCAAGUUCAACAAGUCAAAUCUGUACCUGUAGUACCCCCCAAACCACAGUUUGCCAAGAUGCCUAGCACAAUGAGUAGCAAGAUCCAUGUAGCACCAGCAACUCCAUGCCCACGGCCUGGCAGGCUUGAUGGAACACCUGGAGAGGGAACCCAAGGGACCCGUGCCUCCCGUUCCUCCUGGAGGAAUGGAGGUAGCCUUUCCUUUGAUGCUGCUGUUGCAUUAGCACGAGAGAGGCAGAGGACGGAGGCUCAAGUCGUCAGGAGGACCCAGACCUGUAUUGGGGGUGGGGAUGGAAGCUUCCUCCCCAGAACCUCUUCUUCUAUCCUUCCCCCAGCCUGUUCUGCUCGGCCUCUCAGCUGCCUGGAGUCCCCACUCCCAGGUCAGGAAGGGGCAGGACCCCGAAGCAGACAUAGUCUGCCACCUGGACAAUCCCAGGCUCCUGACCCUGUCAUUUCCCCACAACGCAGAACCUAUGCAUUUGAGGCACAUGCUGGCCUUGGGGAGGGGGAAGGGCUCUGAGUAGGAAUAGAGGUUUUUGGAGUCAAUAGACUCCAUCUUCUAUCCUGCUGUCUCCCUAGCAGUCCUCUAAUCAAUGGAGAGAUACCAAUUUCUUGGGAUCUGACCCCCCAGCUUCUGUUUUCAGACUAUGGAAAGCCAGAACCUUGGAUCAUCUGAAGCUUAGUUCAGACAAAAAGUUUCUAGCCCUUGGGAUACUUCUAGCAUCAGGGUCCUGUCCCAGAGUACAGUCCAUUAGGAGAGGCAAGCAAAAUUAAGGAAAAAGACAGGCAGAUGGGCAGACAGGACACUGAGAUGGUUUUAAUAGAAAAAAUGGAUGAAAAUUCAACCCAAAUGCCCAAGCUCCUUUAAAGCUGGAUAUCUGUCUUCUUAGAACCCAUCAUAGCCCACAUACACUAGGAUGUUUUUAUGAGCUGUCCAUCUCCAUCCUGUUUUUGGUCUCUUGAGUAUUGCUUUAAAUUUGAGACUUAGUUUGGGAUGUUAAUGUUCAAGAAGCACUUUGAAGAAUUAGCAUCAAGUGGUCCUGUGCCCCUUCCAUAAAGAAGGUUGUCAUAGUUCUCUAACCCAUCCCUAUCCCUAACCUCUAGGGACUUGGGAGAAUAAUGGUAUCCUCUGUUGACCUCUCAGAUCUCCAGUCUUUGGAAAUACUCCUUUCUUUACAGACCCAGCCCUAUUAUAGGAGAGGAAAGAAUGGAGGUAUCCUAACCACAGGCCUAUUGUUUCCUAACAUGGAGAAAAAGCCAUAUGACCCAGUUUGGAGAGACUAGAUUUGUGGUUGUAGGGAGUAAUUUGAAAUAAAAGGUGUAUUUUUUCAUGUA